GUAAGCAAUCAAAAAAGCAUCUGAAACCUCAAAAAAAUCACUAAAUAUGCAAUUGAUCACAAAAGUUAUACUGCUAGCAGCUACAGUGUUGAGUGCCAGCGCCUGGCCCCAUACUGCCGCCGAGACGAGCCUGCUCCGCAUGGUGAUAGCCCAGUUGGGAUCGCCGCUCAGCGAAGCGCGCUCCUUGACACCACCUGAAAUUAAUUGCGUCAAUAAACACACAAAUUCAUCCAACAUGAACCACGAUGAGAUGACCAACGCGACCAGCAAGUGCGAGGAGACCUACAAUAGUACUUUGGUGGCCAACAGUCAGAAUAGAGACGUAAUCGGCAAUCAGAUACGCAGCCAGGUGCUGACCUUGCAGAAUAAUCUGCAAAAGUGCACUAAUGAAUCCGAAAAUCUGCUACUCAUCAAUUGUACCAUCGCCCAUUUCGACGAGAAUCUGAAACUGCUGGAUAGCUCCAACUCCUUGGCCUACCAGAUCGCGUCUCAGCACACCAGCAAUUCCACAAUCGUUAAGACGCAACGCGCCAACUGCAUCAGCUCUGCUGUCAGCCAGUACAAGGUGAACUCCAUUGAGGCGGCCAAUGAUUUCGAUAAGUGCAUGGCCAUGGCGCCUAAUCAACGUGAGCUACCGGCGCAGAAGGAGAAGAUGGAGCAGGUUAACGAUGUGUCGGAGAAUCAGGCAGAGAAAAUGGCUGAAAAACAGCCAGAGAAUCUGCAAGAGCAGACGCCAGUUGAGCAAGCCGCUAAGCAGUCCAAUAUCUAAUUUUUGCACAUCAAAUUUAUGAAUGUACUUAUGUUGUAUGGGAUAUGAUGAAUAAAUAUCUUUAAUAUUCAACAAA